AUGUCUUCCUCCCCUCAUAACUCUUCUCCUGAUAAUGCAACACCUGAUAAUGCCACACCUGAUAACACAACCCCUGAUGAUGCCGCUCCUGAUAACUCAACACCUGAUAAUUCCUCUCCUGAUAAUUCAACACCUGAUAACUCAACACCUGAUAAUGCCGCACCUGAUAAUUCAACAGCUGAUAACUCAACACCUGAUAAUAAAACAGCUGAUAACUCAACACCUGAUAAUGCCACACCUGAUAAUUCUACACCUAAUAAUUCUAAACCUAAUGAUGCUGCUAGUUCCUCAUCAUCACCUACUUUAGUGCCGAGUAAGUCUUCAACUACACCACCACCACCACCACCAGCAGCACCAAACAAAUCGAUAUCAAAUGGAAAACAGAGCCAGGAGAAUGACAGCAAAGCAGCAGUUGGAGCUGCGCUUGGAGUAGGGUUUGUUCUUCUUCUUGUGGUCGUUUUUUGUUUCAUUUGGUCAAGGAAGAAGAAACGAAAGCAAAAGUACUAUUACGGAGAAGCUUCCCAUGGACAAGGGAGUAACUACUACAACAGUAGCCAGCACCCUCUCCCUAGUUGGCAAUCAGGUCAGGGUCCUCAUGGGUCGGAUCAUGUUGCAAGGAUACACCAAUCACCUAAUGGAAUGAUGGGUCCUCCUAAUGGUAGCUGGGGUCCACCACCUCCUCUAAUGUACAGUGGUGACAUGAGUUCCAAUUACUCAAUGGGAAUGGGACCAGGUUCUCUACCUCCUCCUUCUCCAGGCCUUGCUCUUACACUUAAGGGGGGUACCUUCACUUAUGAGGAAUUAGCAGCAGCCACUAGAGGAUUUGCAAAUGAGAAUAUUAUAGGACAGGGUGGAUUCGGUUAUGUCCAUAAGGGAGUAUUGCCUAAUGGAAAAGAAGUGGCAGUUAAGAGUCUCAAAGCAGGUAGUGGACAAGGAGAACGAGAGUUCCAAGCUGAGAUUGACAUCAUUAGCCGUGUUCAUCAUCGACAUCUUGUGUCACUUGUUGGAUACUGUAUUUGUGGAGAGCAGAGAAUGUUGGUCUAUGAAUUUGUUCCCAACCAAACUUUGGAACAUCACCUUCAUGGAAAGGGUGUGCCUACCAUGGAUUGGCCUACUAGAAUGCGAAUUGCACUAGGAUCCGCAAAAGGGCUUGCCUACCUUCAUGAAGACUGUAGUCCUCGCAUUAUCCACCGUGAUAUUAAAGCUUCUAAUGUCCUCAUUGAUGAUAGCUUCGAAGCUAAGGUGUCUGAUUUUGGAUUGGCUAAGUUGACUACUGAUACCAAUACGCAUGUCUCAACUCGUGUCAUGGGAACAUUCGGGUACCUGGCCCCAGAAUAUGCAUCAAGUGGAAAAUUGACAGAGAAAUCUGAUGUUUUCUCAUUUGGGGUCAUGCUAUUGGAACUCAUAACUGGGAAGCGACCUGUGGAUCUGACAAAUACCAUGGACGAUAGCUUAGUGGACUGGGCUCGACCACUCCUGAGUCGUGGGCUGGAGGAAGAUGGCAACUUUGGAGAGUUGGUUGAUCCAUUUUUGGAGGGCAACUACAAUAGUCAAGAAAUGACAAGGAUGGCAGCCUGUGCUGCUGCAAGCAUUCGUCAUUCGGCUAAGAAGCGCUCAAAAAUGAGUCAGAUAGUAAGAGCAUUGGAAGGAGAUGUAUCACUGGAAGACUUGAAGGAGGGGAUGAUGAAGUCUGGAGGGCAAAGCAGUGUUUACACAUCUUCAUCUGGGAGCUCAGACUAUGAUACAAUGCAAUACAAUGCUGAUAUGGCAAAAUUCAGGAAGGCAAUAAUGUCAAGCCAGGAAUUUGGUGACAGCAGCGACCUCUCUAGUAAGGAGAUGGGCUAUCGUUAG